AUGGCAUUUUCAAUGCGGUUUCCGAAUCCUCCAUUUUUCUCUCACAAUACGACAACCCUUGAUAGCACGUCGCAGGGAUGGCCUUACAGUUGCAGUGCAGAUAACACCUCUAAAGAGUACAAGGAUGGAUUAGACACCGGAGGGAAUUCAAAUGAGCAUGCGGAAUUAAAGCGCAAACAGAGAUUCGGAUCCCAGCAAAUGGAAGAUAGGCAUUUCCCAUUAUACUCCACUAGAAAGCCCCAUCUCGAUGCCCAUAUUUUCGAGACUGGAGAUGAUAAAACUUUCUGGAAGACAAGAGUCAGCUUAUUGUCUAGUUCGAGAAUUAAUCAAAGCCGUAUGGAUGCCACGGCCAUAAGCAGCUACCAAUUCAUCUCGUGUUGA